AUGGGCGACGUCGUUACCAUUAGGACGAGGAAAGUGCUGUCCAACCGUCUCCUGUAUAGGAAACAGAUGGUUGUUGAAGUUCUACACCCUGGACGCGCCACUGUUCCUAAGACCGAAAUUAGAGAAAAAAUUGCCAAAAUGUACAAGACUACUCCGGAUGUUGUUAUUCCUUUCGGAUUCCAGUCCGCCAUCGGUGGUGGAAAGACCAAGGGGUUCGCUCUUGUAUAUGACACUCUAGAUUACGCGAAGAAGUUCGAACCUAAGUUCCGCCUUAUCCGUAUGGGUUUGGCAACAAAGGUUGACAGAGGUGGUCGCAAACAACGCAAGGAACGAAGAAACCGACAAAAGAAGGUGCGCGGUAUCAAGAAGGCUACUGUUUCGGCUGGAAAGAAGUAA